AUGAUUCUUUUAAAAAAAUUAAAUUUUAAAUAUGUUUUUCAAUAUUUUUAUAUAAUUAAUAUAUUUUUGCCAUUAACGUAUGGUAUUGCUUGCAAAAGUUAUCAUAAAUAUUAUGAUGAUUUUAAGAAGAGAGAAAUUGUUGAGUCACAAUGUUAUUCAAGUACACCAUAUUGUGUUAAGGCAAUUUAUUCUGAUCCUGAUCCUAGUAAAAUGAAUGGUAUUAGUCAAGGAUGUGAUAAGAAUGAUUGUAUUGGUGUUGGAAAACGAUCACAUGGAUGGGAUAAAAAUGGUUGUAAACGUCAUUCAGAUUAUGGAAAAGAUGGAAUAAUAUGUUGUUGUAGUGGUGAGGAUUAUUGUAAUACAUCGAAAAAAAAUAAUUCAAUGUCUUAUAUUAUUCUUUUCAUAACCUUAAUGUUAUUCAAAAUUUUUAAUAUUUUUUAA